UCGAAAUUGACGGGUAGAAAAACUAAGUGAUACUAACUAAAGAACUGAAAAAAGUGAGUUUAUCAAAUCAAAGAAAGUGCUACAUAUUUAUGUAGUGGCAAGUGCAGUGCUAUAGUGAAGCGCAAUUUAAAGCAAAUCCAAAAAAAAAUAAAAAAAAAACAUUUAAAGAACCGCUAAAGCAUAAAGUGUGCUAAAAGUGUAUUUUACGGCAGCCGAUGAACAUGAUCAUGGAUAAUAAUCACCACCACAACCACCAACAGCAACAGCAGCAAGGCACGCCGCAUCUGCCAUCACCGCAGCGUGCGGACAUAUGCAUUUCCACAACGCCACCAACAGCGCCUCUAAGCCCGCUGUCAAAUACUAAUAGUAACAAUGACUCACGAUUUUCACCUGUGACCGCUACAACGCAUCUGAGCAAUGGCAAAGCCACUUUAAAACGCUCCUUCGACGUCGCUUUCCUAAUGAUGCCCGACGAGCGCCUCAAACAGAAGCAUACCGACAAACAGCCACGUCUUUCGGAAUAUAGUGCGGAGCACCAUCAAUAUCCGACGGACUUGUCGCCGCGCUCCGCCUCCCAUUCGCCGCUACAAAAUCAAAAUCAGCAACAGCAAAGCCCACCACACCCUCUAAUCAAUCCCAUUGAAUCGGUGUUCAACAUCCAAGAAGCGCGCCGCUAUCCACAGAUCACUAUCCGCUCGCCGCGCAUCUACGAUGACCCAACAUUGGUAAUUCCCGUCGGCAGCGAAUCGCCAGAAAGUCUGCCAUUAAAGAGCGCCUUCACCAAAGUAUCCUCUAUGCGCUUGGAGUCGCCUGUUCCACCUGCACCACCACUGAGUCCCGAUCAAUUGAGCUGUUCGUCGAUGAGUCCACCCAUGUCCACAACGCCACCACGCACCAACAGCGGUGGCAACGGCAGCCUAUCGAAUGGCAGCAGUGGCAAUUCAGCGCCAUGCCUAAAUCCGAAUAUUAUCUAUCAAAACUUCAGACCGGACUAUCAGUUCAGUGGCGCUUUCCAGUCGGUCAAUCAUGUGCAUAUGCUUCAAGCGCAACGGCUUAAACAACAGCUAUUCUAUCGCACGCCUCUACAUCCCACAGCUGCUGCAGCGCUUGCCGCAUCCAAGAAUGCAUCCGGUUCGGCUAGCAAUGGCGGAAACUGCAACCCAGUUGGUCCACCUCCAGAAUUUCUUCAUGGCUAUUCGGCAUUUCCAUUUCCUGGCGGACAUGCUCACCCCUUCGCUGCUGUUGCGCCACCAGAGUUACCACGGAUCGCACAAAAUCCCGCUGCCGCAGCAAUACUGACUACGCUCAUACCACCUACGCUGGCCUCCACGUUCUCAUUGACGGCGCAGAAUGUUUGCGCCAAAUGCAGCAUAAGCUUUCGCAUGACAAGCGAUCUGGUCUAUCACAUGCGUUCUCAUCACAAAAGUGAGGUUGCUUGCGAUCCCAAUCGGCGUAAGCGCGAGGAGAAAUUACGCUGUCCAGUAUGCCAGGAGACAUUUCGCGAACGGCAUCAUCUCACGCGGCACAUGACAGCCCACCAGGAUAAGGAAAGUGAUCAAGUGACACCACCGAAUGGCGCUAUGCCGCACGGAAGUCCAGAUAGAAUAAAUAACGGAAAUGGGCGCAAUCAUGCGGCGCGUAUUUCGGGCGUCAGUAAAUGAUCGAAGCAUUUUUUCGGAUAUUUUUAAAUUUAGUCAGUAUCUACUUUGUGAAAACAGAGUUGCUUUCGUGUUAAGUUUUUAGGGCGAACGCGCUGAGCGAUUUGUGAUAUUAAGUUAAAGACGUUUUAAAAAUCAUUAAAUUAUUUACUUAUAUGUAUGUAUGUAUAAUACGAACAUUUGUAUAGUGCAAUUUUAGGUUGUAGAGUAAAGUUUAACCAACAAUGAUUACUUAUAUAAGAAUUACAUAUACAUUAGGGCGGUCCUUAAAAAUAUAGGUAUCUAAAUUUUGGAUCGGACAGUCUUUUAGCUUCGUUUCUACGUACAAAAGAGAGAAACCUACAAAAAAUGUUAGAGGUCGCCGCUACCAGGGUUAAAGGAAAUUUAAUUUUUUAAUCGAAAAAAAUCGACAAAAUUUU